ACUUUUGUAAAUACCUUGUUAUCGAUCGAGAAAAGAUUGUCGGUCGAUUCGAGAUACAGAAGGAGAGAGAGAAAAAGAAGCGGAAGAAGGCGCAAAGAGGGGAGAGAAGAAGACCAAGAAGAAGACGGCGGCAACGAAGGAAGGGCGAAGAAGGAAAAGAGAAGAGGGGGGAAGGAAGGAGAAGGCAUGGACCUCUUGAAGAAGGAGUUGGAGAGGAAGAGGAAGAGUCUGCAGGAGGAUUUCGGUGGGAAGAAGAUCAUCAGGAGGUCGGAGAUCGAGCAAAAGAAAAUCGAGAAGCUUCGCCUGGAGGAACAGAGGGAGUUAGAAGCCAAAUCCCUUCUGCGAAACAGGACCGGAAAUGAUGGCGAAGACUCUAAUCCCCCCUCCUCCCGUUCCUCGGAUCCCCAAUUUGAAGGUCGAACCUCAAACCCUAACUCUUCUUCCUCCUCUGCAUCCGCGAAACCUUCUGGAAAGAAAUCCCACGAACAGCUCACAGACGAGCAGAAAAUCGACGAGCUCGUCCUCUCGAAGCAGGAGGUAAUUCGCCGUCUCAGGUUCUUCAAGCAGCCCAUUACGCUCUUCGGGGAGGAUGACACUGCCCGACUCGACCGCUUCAAGCUCCUCCUCAAGGCGGGCAUCCUCGAGGUCGAGAACGAAAUGACCGAAGGGCAGACGAAUGAUUUCCUCCGGGACAUAGCGGAGCUCAGAAAGCGGCAGAAAACGGGGUUGUUACACCAGAAGACGACCAAGGAAAAGGAGGCCAUGGAGGAUGAUGAAAGGGACGAUGAAGGCGACGGUGGCCAUAGCGGCGACGGUGGUUCAUCCGGGGCCGAUGUGGAUAAGGAUCUUAAGCGAAUGAAGGCCAAUUUUGAGGACUUGUGCGAUGAGGAUAAGAUCCUAGUGUUCUUUAAGAGGCUGCUUAACGAGUGGAACCAGGAGCUCGAGCAGCGGCCAGAGUCGGAGAAGAGGACGGCGAAGGGCAAGUCGAUGGUUGCGACGUUCAAGCAAUGUGCUCGGUACCUGAAUCCUCUUUUCAAGUUCUGUAGAAAGAGGGUUCUUCCUGAUGAUAUUCGCCAAGCACUACGUGUAGUUGUGGAUUGCUGCAUGGAGAGAGACUACCUGGCAGCAAUGGAUCAGUACAUCAAGUUGGCCAUUGGAAAUGCACCUUGGCCUAUUGGAGUGACAAUGGUGGGUAUCCAUGAGCGAUCUGCUCGUGAGAAGAUCUACACAAACAGUGUUGCCCAUAUAAUGAAUGAUGAGACUACUAGGAAGUAUUUGCAGUCUGUGAAGCGGCUCAUGACGUUCUGCCAAAGGAGGUAUCCAACAAUGCCCUCAAAGUCGGUAGAGUUCAACAGUCUUGCAAAUGGUAGUGAUCUGCAGGCACUUUUGGCCGAGGAAGGAGGAGGUACCACAAACCAGACCCCAGAGGAUAGGCUGAGGCUCAUGCCACCACCAAUUGAAAAUUGAUAUGCAAUUUUCCUGUGCCUACAGCGCAAGGUUCCAUCACAUGUGCGUCUCUGAAAACGCUAUCAUUAGGUGAAACUAAUAUUAAUGUAAAGUGGUGAUGAUUAUUUGUUUUCUAUAAUAUCCUCAAAUCAAUUGUCUUUCUCAA